CACCGCAAAAAAAAAGAAGUUGAGAUAACGCGUUUUCCAAAGCAUUUUUCUUUUUUUUUUUUUAAUUUUCAAUUUUUUUAAUUGAUCUUCUCUGUUCUCUGGGUCCAAUAAAUCAGCUCGCUAACACGCGAACACAGCUUUUGAAAAUCUCUCUUUCUUCUUCUUCUUCUUCCUUCUUGUUUUUUUUAUUCAUUUUCUGAUUAUUUUAUUCUCUAAUAUUUCCAUUUUCAACUUCUUCAGCUCAAUUCCUAUCUGAAGCUUUUGAUUUCUCUCUGCAUAUUUCGAAAUAAGCUUCUACUAAUCCUCUUUUCUGUUAAGUUUUCUUUAACUUCAACUUCAUUCGAAGCAAGCUUUCAUGGAUAGAAGGAACUGGAAAUUCAACAGAUUUGGUGUUCUUCUUCUCUUUUUCCUCUACCACAACUUCCUUUUGUGUUGGUCGCUCAACGAAGAAGGUUUAGCGUUGUUGAAGUUUAGAGAGAGAAUAGUGAGUGAUCCGUUCGAUGCUUUGAAGAAUUGGAAGGAUGAGGAUGGAGUUGUUAAUCCGUGUUCUUGGUUUGGAGUUGAGUGCUCUGACGGCAAAGUUGUAAUUUUGAACUUGAAAGAUCUUUGUCUUGGAGGAACACUAGCGCCUGACCUCAGAAACCUUGUUCAUAUAAAGUCUAUCAUUUUGCGCAACAAUUCUUUUACUGGCAUCAUUCCUGAAGGGAUUGGAGAGUUGAAGGAGUUGGAGGUGCUAGAUUUUGGACUCAAUAACUUCACUGGGCCUCUUCCACCUGAUCUUGGCAGUAAUCUCUCUCUGACAAUCCUUCUCCUGGACAACAACAGGCUUCUUGGCAACUUAUCACCUGAAAUUCAUCACCUGAAAACACAUUCUGAAUUUCAAGCAGAUGAAAACCAACUUGCUAGUGCUGCUAAAGGAUCAUCUUGCAAUAAAAGAUCUGCCAUAUGGAAUGCUGUGCAAGCUGAAAAUGCAAUUAACAAGCGACAGCUGCUAGCAGCCAGUGCCCCUGGAGUAAAUGAAUCACCAUAUUUACGAGGCCAUAAAUUUGUUCCAUUAACACCUACUGAAUCUGGAAAUGCUCCACCUAGUAUUGUGGCGCCACCAUCCUUGCCUUUGCCACCUCCACUGGAACCAAAUCCGCCUUCCUCGUCAAAAAGCCAUGUUGCAAUAAUUGCUGGAGCCAUAGGGGGUGCUCUACUUGUCAUGUCCAUUAUCGUCAUCUAUAUUUGUAAAGUUAACAAGGCUACUGUCAAACCUUGGGCCACAGGAUUGAGUGGACAACUUCAGAAAGCAUUUAUAACCGGUGUGCCAAAGCUUAAGAGAUCUGAGCUUGAAGCAGGCUGUGAAGAUUUCAGUAAUGUAAUUGGUUCUUCACCAAUUGGUACACUGUACAAGGGAACAUUGUCUAGUGGUGUUGAAAUAGCUGUGGCCUCAGUUGCAGUAACAUCUUCCAAGGACUGGCCUAAGCAUUUGGAAGGUCAAUUUAGGAAGAAGAUUGAGACAUUAUCAAAAGUGAACCACAAGAAUUUUAUCAACCUUCUUGGAUAUUGUGAGGAGGAGGAGCCUCUCACAAGAAUGCUGGUUUUUGAGUAUGCUCCAAAUGGGACACUCUUUGAACAUUUACACAUUAAAGAAUCUGAACACCUGGACUGGGCAAUGCGGUUGAGGAUUGGAAUGGGCAUGGCUUACUGCCUCGAACAUAUGCACCAGUUGAACCCACCAGUAACCCACAACAAUCUGAAUUCUUCAGCCAUCUCUCUCACUGAAGAUUACGCAGCCAAAAUUUCAGAUUUCAGUUUUUCAAAUGUGAUAACUGCAACUGAGAUGGAAUCAUGUGGCAAGAAGUUCUUAGAUACUCCAAUGGCACAUCCAGACAGUAAUGUUUAUAGUUUUGGUGUGAUAUUAUUUGAAAUGAUAACAGGAAGGAUACCUUACUCAGUGGACAAUGGCACACUUGAAGACUGGGCAUCAGACUAUUUGAGAGGGGAUCAAUCCCUGAAAGACAUGGUUGAUCCGACGCUAGACUCCUUUGAAGAGGAAAAGGUGGAAAGAAUUGGUGAAGUGAUAAAAUCUUGUGCCCAUCCGGAUCCAGAGCAAAGACCGGCAAUGAGAGAAGUUACUGCAAGAUUAAGAGAGAUAACAGGAAUAACACUGGAUGCAGCAACCCCAAAACUUUCUCCUUUAUGGUGGGCAGAGCUUGAAAUUUCAUCACCGGAUGCUAGCUAAAAGAGAGACCAGACUGUAAGUAUGAGCUCAAGUGCCGUCGGCCAUUAGUGAGAUGUAAAAAAGCAGUUGUUUAUAAGUUUAUACCCCUGUAUCUGAGAGUUGCUUGUAUAUAACUUAGGAAGGGUGGAAAUGUGGUAAAUCCUUUCCAUUCUCUCUCUCUCUUUUGGUUUUUUAAUGUUUUAUUUCUUUUUCUGUUUGGAAUUUGGGUGUGAAUGCAACACAAGCACAUCUGUAUACAGAGUUCUUGGUGAUUUCUCUCUCA